AUUAUAAAAUUGAAAUUUCUGAAGUACAAGUAUUUAAAAUUUCUAAAAUACAAGCUAUUCAAAUUUCUAAAACACAAGCAACUCCAGUUCUUAUAGUACAAGCAAUUCAAGUUCUUAUAGUAGAAUUAAUUGAAGUUCCUAAAUACAAGCAACUUAAAUUUUUAUAA